AUGUCAUCAUCGGACGCGCCGUUGACCCCGAAGGCCGUUUCUUGCCCGGCAAAGGUACUAGUCGCGGGUGGCUACCUCGUACUGGACCGGGAAUACACAGGUCUGGUAUUCGGUUUAGACGCAAGGAUUCACACCGUGGUCGAACCUAUCAAAACGAGAUCCGGCGUGACGAUCAAUGAGAUCCUGGUGACGAGUCCUCAGUUCCGCGAGGCCAUUUGGGAGUACGGAUACAGGUCGCAGGGCCAGGAUGGAGGCAUCACCUUGACGCAGUUGAGCGUCGGCCACGAACAAUCCAUCGCCCGAUCCCGCAACCCAUUCAUAGAAACCGCCCUAACAUACGCACUCACCUACAUUCACGCCCUCCUCCCCAAGACCCUCAUCCAGCCCUCCAGCAUCCGCAUCCUAGCGGACCAAGCCUACUACUCCAACCCAGGCGUCACCCGCAGCUCCAACAUCAUCUCGCAACCCCACAAAGUCUCGCGCUUCCAGGACUUCAACGUGAGCCUAAAAGAAGCGCACAAGACAGGAUUAGGAAGCAGCGCAGCACUCGUCACAAGUUUCACAGCCGCAGUACUAGAAUUCUACCUACCUGAAGAACUUUUCGAUAUCCACACAGAAAAGGGCCAAACGGUCCUCCACAACCUCGCUCAAGCCUCUCACUCCCACGCCCAAGGCAAAGUCGGAAGCGGUUUCGACAUCGCCUCUGCAGUCUACGGAUCCUGUCUCUACAAGCGUUUCUCGCCCUCCCUUCUGAGCGAUCUACCUCAACCCAGCAGCCCUGGCUUCGCAACACAACUACGCUCUUUAGUCGAGGGCCCGACAUGGGACACCGAGAUCCAAAAAGCUGCUAUCAAGAUGCCCAAGGGUGUACGCCUAGUCAUGUGCGAUGUCGACUGCGGCAGCGAAACACCGGGCAUGGUGAAGAAGGUGCUGGCAUGGAGAGCGGAGAAAGCAGAAGAAGCGGAGAGGAUUUGGAAAGAUCUGCAGAAGGGGAACGAGGCGCUGGCUGCUGAACUUACGCGUUUGGCUACUGAUGAGCAAAGCGAUGGGGAUGUGAAGUCGAAGUACGACGCGCUGAAACAGAUCAUUGACAGUAAUCGCGCGCUGAUUCGCGAGAUGGGCGAGAAGUCUGGUGUGCCUAUUGAGCCGCCUCAGCAGACGCGUCUAUUGGACUACUGUUCCAAGCUCGACGGCGUAAUUGGAGGCGUUGUUCCUGGUGCUGGUGGCUUCGAUGCUAUAGUUCUUCUUGUGGAGGAUAAGGCGGCUGUCAUUGAAUGGCUCAAGGUUUGCCUUGCGCAAUACGAAGACCCUGAAGCGAUUGGUAGGGUUGGUGUAAUCGGUGUUAGAGAAGAGAUGGUGGGUGUCAAGGAGGAAGACCUCAGUCUGUAUGCGGAGUGGAAGGAGGCUUACUGA